CGUGCCGUAUUAUAUUAUGCGACUCGCGCACCUCAUUUUGAAUUUUUGGGUGAGUUUCCCUUUGCUUUCGAUCUCUCUCUCGCGCGCGCUCCUUGGGUAAUGUAACAAAAAUGGAGAAAAGCGGUGAAGUAGAAGGUCCAUCCUCUACUCUUCCGAUGGGAACGAGGCAUUCGGAUUUGAAGAAAUCGUUUAAGCUCGCCCUUCGCUCUCUUCUCACUGCCUGUUCCAACCAAGAAUUCUGCAACGCAUUCCCAAGGUUUACUGCUGCGGAGCAACAACUUCUCCACCGCCUAUUCAUUCAGGUCGUUACUUCCUUGCAUGAAAAUAUUGAGGAUGAGUUUGAGUCUCUGUGUCUUGAAACGCAGGUGGGAGCCACUCUAGAUUCCAUAGAGCAACUUGUUGAAGAACAGAGUCUGGACCCAUUGUUUUUGAAUAAGACCAAUGUAAUGGAUGUUGCUGGAAAUCUUUCAAUAGAAAAGAAGAAUGAGAUCCAAUUCUUGAUGGGUAUGCUGGACAUGGCUGAGAAACGGAACAGCCUCAUCCGUGCUCGUGUUGAACACCUGAGGCAAGGAAUGCAAGAUGUCUCGGGCAUGGCAGAUGCCUUGGAGAAGUUGAGAAGCCGGAGUUUAAGUUACGCAUGCAACAGCAAUGCCAUCCAUGAUCCUUGAUUUGUGCUGUAGAAGUAUUUUGCAGUUUUUCUGUCGCAUGGGCCAUGAGGAAUCGAGGAUGGCAGAUCUUUUGUUUGUUUUCCUUUACAUGAAAGUUGUGUGCUUACUGGAGUAACAAUUUAAAUUUGGUAGAUUGUUCCAAGUCUAACAGUCAGGGCAAAUCACACCGGAUCCUAAACGUAAGUCGACCAUAGCAUGACAAGGAGUGUAUGACCAGAUUGGCCUUUUUUUAAUGUUCAACUCGAUGACAUUGUUUUU